CCUCUUUACUUCAGUACCUGGCUCCACAGUCCACACCAGGGGAUGAACUAGUACCCCCAUCACCGCCAGCACCGCUACCGUCAACGGAACCGUCUCCGCUCCCGACCGCUUCUGGAUACUGCUGCUGCUGCAAAAGACGAGGACCUGUGCUGUCCUAAUAGUGGAGUACUAACUGUAUUUGUUGGCAGAGGAGAGGGAAUGCAGGUGUCUUUAGUGAAUGCCUUAGCCCUAGUGGGGUUGACGGCCACCACCAGGGCAUUCGUGGUGGACUCUCAGGACAUUGAAUUCGGGAACCCAUGGUGGUUUGUCUAUGCCGGAAUAUCUUGCAUCCUCGUGCUUUUUGCCGGUAUAAUGUCCGGCCUCACCUUGGGAUUGAUGUCCCUCGGUCUUGUCGAACUUGAAAUUCUUCAGCGAAGCGGCAGCACCACUGAAAAGAAGCAAGCAGCUAUUAUUCUGCCAGUUGUGCAAAAGCAGCACCAGCUUCUUGUGACCUUGCUUCUGUGUAAUGCUGCUGCCAUGGAGGCUCUUCCAAUUUACCUGGAUAAGAUUUUUCAUCCUGCUGUUGCUGUUGUGCUAUCUGUGACGUUCGUUCUACUCUUUGGGGAGAUUAUUCCACAAUCAAUAUGCUCAAGGUACGGACUUGCUGUGGGUGCAAACUUUGCAUGGCUAGUCCGCGUUCUGAUGAUUAUUUGCUAUCCUAUUGCUUACCCUAUAGGAAAGGUUCUGGAUGCUGUACUGGGGCAUAAUGAUGCUCUGUUCAGACGAGCUCAGCUGAAAGCACUUGUUUCAAUCCAUGGCCAGGAGGCUGGCAAAGGGGGUGAACUCACGCAUGAUGAGACUACUAUUAUAAGUGGAGCACUUGAUUUGACUGAAAAGACUGCAGAGGAGGCAAUGACACCCAUCGAAUCAACAUUCUCCCUCGAUGUCAAUUCCAAGUUGGAUUGGGAAGCUAUCGGAAAAAUUCUUGCACGUGGUCAUAGUCGAGUUCCUGUCUAUGCAGGAAAUCCAAAGAACAUUAUUGGACUUCUACUGGUGAAAAGUCUUCUGACUGUGCGGGCAGAAACAGAGACUCCAGUUAGCUCUGUUUCCAUCAGGAGAAUACCAAGGGUUCCAGCAGAUAUGCCUUUGUAUGAUAUUCUAAAUGAGUUUCAAAAAGGAAGCAGUCACAUGGCAGCUGUUGUGAGGGUUAAAGCAAAAGACAGUAACUCUCUUCCUCCUGGUGAAGGAGAAAAAGUUGGAGAGAAGAAAGUCAACAGUGUAGAUUCACAAUUGACUUCCCCCUUGCUACACAAGGUUGAUGAAAAAUCAGAUAGCAUUGUAAUCAAUAUGGAUAAGGCAUCAUCUCAGACAACUAUAGACAAACAUACUCUCAAGCAAAAUGUUGCCAUGACAAACAGUUUGACCCAUCUGCCUGAGGAUAUUGAAGAAGGGGAAGUCAUUGGCAUCAUUACCCUGGAAGAUGUAUUUGAAGAACUUCUCCAAGAGGAAAUUGUAGAUGAGACAGAUGUAUAUGUGGACGUGCACAAAAGAAUACGAGUGGCUGCGGCUGCAGCUGCUUCAUCUGUUGCUCGAGCGCCUUCCAAUAGGAGGCUGACUGGUCAAAAGCCCUCAGGGAGAUUUGGCAAAGAAAGGACAAACCCCAAAGAAGCCACUUAAGGAUGAUGUGCAUUUGAGGAGAUCUCAAGGUCAUGCUGCCUGUAAUUUAAAGGAAGAGAUAAUUUUGUAGAUUUGGUCAUCCAUAAAACGGAAAAUGGACAAGGCAAUGAUUCCAUAAAAUGCUCCAUAGUCCAGUCUGGAGCCUCUGAAAAAGGGAUAGAAAGAAAAGAAAAUAAUGUAUAUGUUGGCGGCUGUAGAAUAGAUGUUAGUGAUAGAAGAAGAAGCUGGAGUGUAGAUACUAUUAUGUAUUUAUGUGCGGACUGGAUGUAAUUUCGCUGCCUGUGUUGUAAUAAACAAACUGUAUUACACCUUGACAUGUUAAAUCAAGGCUCAAAAAUUUAAAGUUUUAUGAAAUUUAUUUUAUCUCCUAUA